AUGUAAUAGGGACUUUAGGUCUUCCCCAAUAUUCAAUGUAACUUUUCUCUUUAGAAAUAUUGUUAAAACCGAGUUCUUGAGACUUCCAAUUAAGUUGUGAUAUUUCAUUAAGUGGUUUGAUGCUUGAAGACUUAAUCAAAUUCAGUGAUAUGGAAAUUGGAUAUCUUGAUCGGAAAUGUCAGAGACAACCAUCUUCAAGACACUUGAUCCCAUCACCUUCUCCAAAAUUAAGCAUCUCAAGACUGCCAUGGAGAUUUGGCAAGGUCUUGGGAAGCUAUGUGAGGGAUCAGAGGACCUGAGAAAGCAGAAGAUAGAAGUCCUGCUUGAGAAGUUCAAAAGCUUCAAAAUGCUUCCCGGAGAAUCAUUUGAUAUGUUGGAUGAAAGAUUCCACAAGAUAUUGAAUGAUCUUGCAUCACUUAACCACGUUCUUUCUCCCAAAGAAAAGAAUGUAAGGUUGCUGAGAUCACUUCCAACUGAGUGGUACACCAAAGCCACAGCCAUGGAAGAAGGAAGAAACCUGGAGAACUACACUGUCCAAGUCCAAAAUCUGGACUGGAACGUUAUUGGAAUUUCUAAGCAAGCUCCUUCUGGCCUAGCGAAGAAAGCAGAUCUGAACAAUGACUACAAGUUAGUUUCCGAACUGGUCAUUGCUUGCCUCAAGUGUGGAAGUGGAGGUCAUGCCGAUGACAUCACACCGGAGAGAGCCUUCAUCAUCAACGCUCUCAUUACCAAAUCUAAGGUAAAUUGGGCUGCACACUUCUUCAAAUCCAUUUCAAAACAUCUGGGAAAGCCAAAUCAGAAGUACCUUUGUCAAGGUCUGUACAUUGGACAUAUUUUGGAGUCUAUGGGUGCUGCUUCUAAAGGAAAGAAGUAUGAAGAAAGAUAUUGGUUAUACUAUCUGUCUUCAAAAGGGGAAAACAGAGCUGGUGCUAGUGUCACUGCAGAGGAAAGCUCAUCAGAUAAUGUCUCACUCAUCCAUAUGGCGAAGACUGCCAAAAGGAAGCAAGUGGUGUCUCCCUCCAUUAGUGUUGAAGCACCACAGAACCUUGCUCUGGUCAAUCUGGAAGAAGCAGAAGAAGUCUCUGUGCAAGGAGAACUUCAAAGGAAGAAGAAGAGGAAACUCUCCUCUCCCUCAACAUCUGGAUAUGUCAACUCGGAUAAGUUGAAGGAGAAGGAACCUGCUGAGGAAACCUCUGCCCACAACCAGAAAUUUGAAGUAGAUGAUGAAGAUCCUUCAGUCUACAAACCAGUCUUCUCUAAAGCCACAGAAGAACAGGUGGUUCUCACUUCUGAAGCACAAGCUGACUUGGAAGCAACAGCUGAGGAUUUCCAAAUAUUUCCGGAAACCUCACCUGCCUUUGAAAAGGUUUUGACUGAAGCUGUCCAAGAGAAAGCAGCCUCUCCACCACAAGAACAGAACCAGAAAACAGCAGAAGAAGAAGAAUUUCAGCAACUAAUCCAAUCUCAAGUUUUAGAGACUCUCACAACUCCUUGUGAGAUCUCCAACCAGCCUGAAACUGAGAUCCCGGAGAAGUCAGCAGAAAUUCCGGAGCAAUCAACUUUUCCAGAAACAAAUGAAGAGGAGCAAGCUGUAGAAGUCCAAAGGAAUUCUGGAGAAGCUGAGAAAGAAACUCAAAUGGAUGAACUGGAGGUCUCUAAAACUCCAAUAGCCAUUUUUGAAGAACAAAAUGAAGCUGAAGAUAGUGACUCUCUCUCUAGAUAUAUAUCGAAUUUUGCGCUUGAUGAAGCAGAAGGAGAGUCUGAGAGAACACUAAAGAUCACUGAUGAAGAAGAUGUACAAGAAGAUGCUGAAUCUCUUCCUAUGCAGCUCUUCCAAAGAACAUCCUCUUCUCAUCAGGUAACCAACUUUCAUUUUCAUAGCUCUUCCACCCAUACACUUCCAGAUGAGAUACCGGAAAUCUGGACAAAGAAGGUCCAAGGGCUGAUUGAAUCAGCCCUAGGAUCUCAACAUGCCUCCUUUAGGCAAGAGAUAGAGCAAAUGGAAGCCAGGUACACCAAGCUGAUAGAGAAAUCUGAAGAGAAACACAGCGCAGAUCUCAAAGAAAUAAGCAAGUCAGUGCACAAGACUCUAGAGAUCAUUUCUCUAUUGAGCAACACUGUGAGCACCACGAUGGAGAUAUAUGCCUCUAACAGUCAUCUUCAACUCAAGGAGAUUAACAAAGUCAAAGAGCAAAUAGCAAAUGUCACCGUCAGCCUACAAAAGCAAAUGUCUCUUCUCCAAAUGGACAUCAGAUCAGCUCUAGCAGUAUCUUCAGCAAAUCAAGUAGUGACCAAAGACUACUUGAAGGUGAUCAUUGACAAUCAGAAGGAAGCGCAUAAACUGUUCAGACUUCUUGGCGCAAAGUCUGGAAAUCGCAAGAUGGAAGUGAUUCUUCAACAACACAGUCCAUCCUUGAUACCAGAACUCCCCAUUGCAGUCAAAGAAGGAGAAGUCUCUUAUAUCCCUUCUCAUCUGAACAUGACUAAUCUAAUCCUUGAAGCACAGCAAAGAAAUCCGGAGAACUCAGCGCAGCACCUAUCCAGCUCAGGAUUGGAUGGAACAGANAAACUGUUCAGACUUCUUGGCGCAAAGUCUGGAAAUCGCAAGAUGGAAGUGAUUCUUCAACAACACAGUCCAUCCUUGAUACCAGAACUCCCCAUUGCAGUCAAAGAAGGAGAAGUCUCUUAUAUCCCUUCUCAUCUGAACAUGACUAAUCUAAUCCUUGAAGCACAGCAAAGAAAUCCGGAGAACUCAGCGCAGCACCUAUCCAGCUCAGGAUUGGAUGGAACAGAGGCCGUAGGAACAAUUGCUGCUCACUUCUCAGAUGAUAACCAAACAGAGGAGAGACGCAACAACAUAAGGCGCAUUAAAGAACUUUGUGGAAACAUGCAAGGUAUCAAUGAGGCUGCCGGAUCUUCAAAACGCAAGAGGAACUGAAGGUUCUUUUCAUCAAACAAGGGGGAAAGGGGAAUGUAAUUCAGGGGGAACUUAACUAGUUUUGGCUAAUAAUUGUGAUUGUCUAUG